UGUACGCUCUUCUCAUCUCCCCUGUCCAUUCUAAACCAUUAUUUGCAGAUUCCAAAUUGCUUCCUCUGUUUGGACCUUAAUUAACCUGUAAAACAUGGGGUUUAAUUCACAAUUUUAACAUUUUACUGUGAGGUUAAGGUUAUGAAGGGUGAGUUCUAAAGCUAUUUAAGGACCCCCAUGUCCUCCUUUACAAAUCCCCCUCAAUCUGUCGAUCCAUCUCUCUUCUGAUUGGGUCGACAUUCUCCUCCUCUUCGACUCACUGUGCUCCUCUGCUCUUCUGGUCACUCUGCUCUGUAGAAGCAAUGGCAGUAGAUGAGAGACGCUCAGUGGAUAAGAGGUCUCGCUAUGACUGCCUUCUCUUUGAUCUUGAUGACACAUUGUACCCUGUAAGUUCGGGGCUUGCUGCUGCAUGCACCAAGAAUAUUGGAGAUUAUGUGGUUCAAAAACUUGGAGUUGAUAAGAACAAAGUCACAGACUUUUGCAGAGAAAUGUAUAAGAAUUAUGGCACAACUAUGGCUGGACUCAGGGCUGUGGGCUAUGAAUUUGACUAUGAUGAUUAUCACAGUUUUGUCCAUGGAAGAUUACCAUAUGAGAACCUCAAGCCAGAUCCAGUGCUGAAGAGCUUGUUACUGAGCAUGCCUCAGAGGAAAAUUAUAUUUACAAAUGGUGACAAAGUUCAUGCUGCCAAGGUGCUCGGUCGGCUUGGGUUAGAAGAUUGUUUUGAAGGUGUGAUAUGCUUUGAGACUCUCAAUUCUCACCCAGAAGCUGCUGAAAACAACAAUAGUUGGGAUACACCUAUUGCUUUUAUGCCAAGAACACCUGUUGUUUGCAAGCCAUCAAUAAAUGCUAUGGAGCGUGCUAUUCAAGUUGCAAAUGCUGAUCCACAGAGAACAAUCUUUUUUGAUGACAGUACUAGGAAUAUAGCAGCAGGGAAGCGUGCAGGGCUGCAUACUGUAUUGGUUGGUGCUGCAAACCGCACAGAGGGAGCAGACUUUGCACUUGAAAGCAUUCACAACCUGAAAGAAGCCCUGCCUGAGAUUUGGGAAGAUGAUGUUAGCUUUGGGAAUAUUGUACGCCCAAAAAGAGCUGUUGCUAUUGAAACUGUUGUAACAGCAUAAAACAUACCAUUACAGAGGAUGGGGUUCUAUGCUUUUUUCUCUGGGGGUUUUCUCCAUUGAUAAAAGGAUGUUUUCUCCAUCUCUGUAAUUUUAGAUGCUAUACAACAUUAGGUAUAGCAUCCCUGUUUCUGAAUUAUGUAGUACCAGUUCUGGAUUCCAGAGGAAGGAUUGAUAUUCACUAGGAAGAACUUCUCAGACACAUUCUAAAUCUGCACCUACCAGGCCUUGCUAAAUGAAAGUCAAGAAUCUGUCUAUGAAGAAGUGGUUGUACAUAGCUAACUAGUGAAAACAUCCAUGGCGGUCAAAGAGCAAGGUAGUAAUCUCUGUAAACUCCAUGAGGAAGGAGGAGAUGAAGAUGUAGGUGGGCAUGUUUCUUUGAUGUUCAGAUGUUCUUAACGGCACUAUAUGUGAUUACUUAUCAAGCUUCCCUGUAAUUAGUGAUUGCUUAUGUAGCUUUUGCUGUAAUCACUUAUCAUGUUUUAGAAAUAAAUGCUGAUUCAGAUCUUUGGCUCUCA